AUGGCUGGUGAUGAUAGUGGUCCAGAGGAACAACCUCAGCCUUUCAAUGCUACAAAGCUCGAAGCCGCAAAGAAACGCAAAAGAUCAAGUUCACCUACAAAAGGCGCAAAACGUGUUGCAAGAUCACCAUCUCCUUCCGAUGUCUACAAGAGUCGUAGAUCACCUUCACCAGUUCGGAAGCAAAAACGUCCCGGUCAACGAGCAAGAAUUGGCGAUUCUGAGCGCGAAGCCAUCCGAAAACAACAAAUUGAACGUGAAAAGGAAGUUGCAGCUAUCGCAGCUGCUCAAGGAAUUCAUAAUGCAGUUAGGGAGCAUUAUAAUGCCGUUCCACAACGAGGCAGAGAAUGGCGCAAGACGGAUAGUAAGAUCAAGGGCUUGAGAAGCUUCAAUAAUUGGGUCAAAAGCACGAUCAUUCAGAAGUUCUCACCAAAUGAAGAUUAUACCCCAGGAGCACAAGAACGUGGAUCGCGUGGAGAAUACCAAUUUGCGGAGGGACCAGAUCCAAGUCAAGAAAAGGGUCUGCUAGUUCUCGAUAUUGGCUGUGGUAAAGGUGGUGAUUUAGGAAAAUGGCAACAAGCACCACAAAAGGUGGAAUUAUAUGUUGGAUUGGAUCCAGCUGAUAUCUCGAUUGAUCAAGCUAAGGAACGAUAUCGCGAAAUGAAAAGCAGAGGUGGCGGACGAGGCGGUAGAGGUAGAGGAGGGUAUAAUAGACAACCAGCUCGAAUCUUUCACGGAGAAUUCUUUACUCAAGAUUGCUUUGGUGAAUCAAUCGAAAGGAUUCCCAUUGUUCGGGAGGUUGGUUUUGAUAGUUCGGGAGGACCGGGACGAUUUGGUGGUGGUGGAUUUGACGUGGUCAGCAUGAUGUUUUGCUUACAUUACGCAUUCGAGAACGAGGCAAAGGCUAGAAUCAUGUUGAAGAAUGUCUCGGGUGCAUUGAAAAAAGGUGGCAGGCUGAUUGGAUGUAUUCCCAACUCACAUGUCAUAUCGGAUAAGAUUGAGAAAUUCCACAGUGGGGUUGCUGCAAAGGCAAAGGCCAAAGAAAAUGGUGAUGGUGAGAAUGCCGAGGAGAAGGCCGAGGACAAUGCCGAGGAUGGUGAAAUUGAGGAAGGUGAAGCCGAAGAUACAGCUCACUGGGGUAAUGAGGUUUAUCAGGUCCGGUUCCCAGGUAAAACACCUGCCGACGGUGUUUUUAAACCACCUUUUGGCUGGAAAUACAAUUUUUUCCUUCACGAGGCAGUGGAAGAGGUUCCGGAAUACGUCGUACCAUGGGAAGCUUUCCGUGCGAUUGCCGAAGAUUACAACCUUGAAUUACAAUAUCAAAAGCCUUUCAACCAGAUCUGGGAAACCGAAAAGGAUGAUGAAGUCUUAGGGCCUCUCAGUGAGCGUAUGAAUGUUAGGGAAAGAGGCCAUGGAAAGCUUCUCGUUAGUGAUGAGGAAAUGGAAGCUGCUAGCUUCUACGUGGGCUUUUGCUUCUAUAAGGUUUAA